UCUACUCGCCGGGAAGGCGGCGCCGGCGCCGGCGACUCACGCUGUGCCCACUCCCGGGUGCUGUGCUCCGGUAGCGGGUGGGCUUCUCAAACCCUGACCGGCCGCGGCCCCUGCAGAGAGGUGGCCUCUGCAUCACAGUUUCUCAUUGCGGGGACGCUCCAGCACGUGCGACCCUUCUUUGGGGGUGUUCUUACGAGCGGCUACCAAGCAGAGGGCACCCAACUUUGCCACCUUGAGGGUCGCCCUCGCUCAAGGCGAGCUUGCUUGCUCAGCUGCACGACUAGGGACUCCGUCCUCCCGGCGCGCUGCGAGCAGAGGAUAGAUAGCUCUGGAGAAGUGGCGGGGAGCAGUAGCGGCAGCUGCCUCGAUUUCCCUUGCAGCGCGCUGAAGAGGACCCUUGGAGCCCCUCCGGGCCCCGGGCGCUGGAUGACUGGCAGGAGGAACGCUCCCCGCAUCUGGGCUGGUGUUUGAAAACUUGGCGUGGGUGCCCAUGUGGCUGUCCAGUUUAGUGUGAUUCAUGACGGAGGACUCGCGGCUGUACCCUCUCUCUCCUCGGUACUUUUCACACAUGAGGAGAAGGUGAGCUUCGUAGAAGACACGUUCCCAGAGUCAGAGACCCCUUGCCCACCAUGAAGGGAGCCUGCAUCCUUGCAUGGCUGUUCUCAAGCCUGGGAGUGUGGAGACUCGCCCGCCCUGAGACCCAGGAUCCCACCCAAUGCCAGAGAGCCGAGCAUCCUGUCAUCUCCUACAAAGAAAUUGGCCCCUGGUUACGGGAGUUCAGAGCAGAGAAUGCUGUGGAUUUCUCCAGGUUAACAUUUGACCCAGGACAGAAGGAACUUAUCGUAGGAACAAGGAACUAUCUCUUCAGAUUACAGCUUGAAGAUCUGUCUCUCAUCCAGGCUGUGAAGUGGGAAUGUGAUGAAGCUACCAAGAAGGCCUGUUAUAGCAAGGGCAAAUCGAAGGAGGAAUGCCAGAAUUAUAUCAGAGUGCUCUUGGUGGGCGGGGACCGGCUAUUCACCUGCGGGACCAAUGCUUUCACACCUGUCUGUACCAUCCGCUCGUUAAAUAACCUGACUGAGAUCCACGAGCAGAUCAGUGGCAUGGCACGCUGUCCUUACAGUCCCCAGCACAAUUCAACAGCUCUGCUCACUGCCAGUGGGGAGCUUUAUGCUGCAACAGCCAUGGACUUCCCAGGGCGAGAUCCAGCCAUUUACAGAAGUCUGGGUUCGCUACCUCCUCUUCGAACUGCACAGUACAACUCCAAAUGGCUUAAUGAACCAAACUUUGUGUCUUCCUAUGACAUUGGCAACUUCACCUACUUCUUCUUCCGAGAAAAUGCUGUGGAGCAUGACUGUGGGAAGACCGUGUUCUCCAGGGCUGCCCGGGUCUGCAAGAACGAUAUCGGAGGGCGAUUCCUCCUGGAGGACACCUGGACCACCUUCAUGAAGGCUCGCCUCAACUGCUCCCGGCCCGGGGAGGUGCCGUUCUACUACAAUGAGCUGCAGGGCACCUUCUUCCUGCCAGAGCUGGACCUGAUCUAUGGCAUCUUCACCACCAACGUGAACAGCAUCGCUGCCUCUGCUGUGUGUGUCUUCAACCUGAGCGCCAUCUCGCAGGCCUUCAAUGGACCUUUCAAGUACCAGGAGAACUCUCGCUCAGCCUGGCUGCCUUAUCCCAACCCCAACCCAAAUUUUCAGUGCGGCACCAUGGACCAGGGCCUGUAUGUAAACCUGACAGAAAGAAACCUACAGGACGCUCAGAAGUUCAUUCUGAUGCAUGAGGUGGUACAGCCAGUGACCACUGUGCCCUCCUUCAUGGAGGACAACAGCCGCUUCUCCCACGUGGCCGUCGACGUGGUGCAGGGCAGGGACACACUCGUCCACAUCAUCUAUCUGGCCACAGAUUAUGGCACCAUCAAGAAAGUACGGGCUCCCCUGAGUCAGACCUCAGGCAGCUGUUUGCUGGAAGAAAUCGAGCUUUUCCCAGAGAGGAGGAGGGAGCCCAUCAGGAGCCUGCAAAUCCUCCACAGCCAGAGCGUCCUGUUUGUGGGACUACAGGAACAUGUGGCCAAGAUCCCGCUGAAGAGGUGCCACUUCCACCAAACACGCAGUGCCUGCAUUGGUGCCCAGGACCCGUACUGUGGCUGGGAUGUGGUGAUGAAGAAGUGCACGAGCCUGGAGGAGUGUCUGAGCAUGACACAGUGGGAGCAGAGCAUCUCCACCUGUCCGACCAGAAACCUCACUGUGGAUGGGAGCUUUGGCCCGUGGUCUCCAUGGACACCCUGUACACACACAGAUGGCACUGCUGUGGGAUCCUGCCUCUGCCGGUUGCGCUCCUGUGACAGCCCAGCUCCACGGUGUGGUGGCUGGCAGUGUGAGGGCCCUAGGAUGGAGAUCACCAACUGUUCCAGGAAUGGAGGCUGGACUCCCUGGACCUCUUGGUCACCCUGCAGCACCACCUGUGGCAUUGGCUUCCAGGUGCGGCAACGCUCCUGCAGCAACCCCACACCCAGGCAUGGAGGCCGCGUGUGUGUGGGCCAGAACCGGGAGGAAAGAUACUGCAAUGAACAUCUGCUCUGCCCACCGCACGUCUUCUGGACAGGCUGGGGACCUUGGGAGCGGUGCACGGCCCAGUGCGGGGGUGGCAUUCAAGCCCGUCGUAGGACCUGUGAAAAUGGGCCCGACUGUGCAGGAUGUAAUGUGGAGUACCAGCCCUGUAACACUAACGCGUGCCCAGAGCUGAAGAAGACCACGCCGUGGACGCCCUGGACACCUGUCAACAUCUCGGACAAUGGUGGUCACUAUGAGCAGCGCUUCCGAUACACUUGUAAAGCCCGCCUGCCGGAUCCCAACCUGCUGGAAGUGGGGAGGCAGAGGAUUGAAAUGCGGUACUGUUCCAGCGAUGGUACCAGCGGCUGCUCCACAGAUGGACUUUCUGGAGACUUUCUACGAGCAGGAAGAUACUCUGCCCAUACUGUCAAUGGGGCCUGGUCAGCCUGGACUUCCUGGUCCCAGUGCAGCCGAGACUGCAGCAGAGGCAUUCGGAACCGGAAGCGUGUUUGCAACAACCCGGAACCCAAGUAUGGGGGCAUGCCAUGCCUUGGCCCGUCUCUGGAAUUCCAGGAGUGCAACAUUUUGCCCUGUCCAGUGGACGGUAUGUGGUCCUGCUGGUCAUCCUGGUCUAAAUGCUCAGCAACCUGCGGGGGUGGACACUACAUGAGAACCCGCUCUUGUACGAAUCCAGCUCCAGCCUACGGAGGGGACAUCUGCCUGGGACUGCACACGGAGGAGGCGCUCUGCAAUACGCAGACCUGUCCAGAGAGCUGGUCAGAGUGGUCCCACUGGUCUGUGUGUGAUGCCUCUGGCAUCCAGGUCCGUGCUCGGCAGUGUAUUCUUCUGUUUCCUGUGGGCAGCCAGUGUUCCGGAAAUAGCACAGAGAGUCGGCCAUGUGUGUUUGACUCUAAUAUCAUCCCAGAAGUGUCUGUGGCAAGAUCCAGCAGUGUGGAAGAGAAAAGGUGUGGAGAGUUCAACAUGUUCCACAUGAUGGCCGUGGGACUCAGCAGUUCCAUCCUCGGCUGCCUCCUUACCCUGCUUGUCUACACCUACUGCCAGCGGUACCAGCAGCAGUCCCAUGAUGCAACUGUCAUCCACCCUGUCUCCCCUGCUGCUCUCAACAGCAGCAUAACUAACCACAUCAACAAACUGGAGAAAUAUGAUUCAGUGGAGGCCAUCAAGGCAUUUAACAAAAACAACUUGAUCCUAGAGGAGAGAAACAAAUACUUCAGCCCCCAUCUCACUGGGAAGACCUAUUCCAACGCCUACUUUACAGAUCUCAACAAUUAUGACGACUACUAGCUGCUCUUUCGCUUCUGGCUCCUUGGAAACUCUCUGCUUCUCAAAGCUGUGCUCCAUGACUGCCCUUGUUUCUGAGGCUUCAGAGAUAAAGUGUGGAUCCAUUUCAAGUGCAUUUCAAGUCAGGACUUUCCCAUCGCUACAAAAGACACACACCCCUAGGCACCUACGUGUUGGGCUGUGGCAGUCUGGUCUGCAGCGAACAUUUGAUUGUUGCUAAGUGAGCCGUGCUGUGAAGUUUCGCAUUGUGCUCCUCCCAGACUCUAACUGGUCUCUUAUUUCAUGAGUUUAAUUUCAUAAAUGUGCCAACCAUGUUAGAAAAUGUCUUCAGAAAUGUAACAUCUUCAUGCAGGGCUUCGUGAUGUUUUAAUUUGAAAACAGACAAACAAACAACAAAAAGCCAGGCACUUUAUCUGUGAGAUCCCUUCCCUCACAGGGUCCAUUGUAAUUCGAAGAAUGAAGAUAUGACUGUGGCCAACUCUCCCAACCUGGGUUACUCUGUGGGUUCUUGGAAAGAGCUUGCUUGCACUAGAAGUGACUCCUGCCCAGGGAAGACCAGAAUCCCGCCUGCCCGGGACCUGCCAAGUUGUGGUUCCCUUGCUGUGGUCUGGGAUCCUGACUGUCAUCACUGUGCAGCGGACACAUGAAAGAGAGAACAGACAGCGAGAUAAACAGCAGUGUUCUGCGGUUUGCAGCGAAACUAGCCUUACUCUGAUUUUCCGAUUCUGUGGCAUUCCAGGGAGCUCCUUGCCAUGCUAUAGGCCUGCAGGCCACCGGCUUGGGCAGUGGGAAUGUGCCGAAGAGCCAGUCUUAGCAUUGGGGUACACUCCAUGCCCUUCUCUCCCUCCCUGUGAAAAAAAUUCUUGAGCAUUAUGAUGCCAGUUAUGGAAAACUUUGAAAGUACCAAACUGUAAUGGAAAGCUACUCUUUAUUUUUCUGUGUUAUGCAGUGUUGAGUGAACUGAUGUUUAUUGACAAACAUUUUUUUUGUAUUCAGCAUCUUUGAUGUGUUUAAUGUACAACAAUGGGCCCCUAUCAAGAGCAUUAAAGGUGUCUAAAACUGUUCUCCUAGACCUUAGCACGGUCACACUGGACUGACACUCCAGUACCCUGGUCCCCUUGUUCGUCCCCUGUUGCCCCCAGUCUGUAGGAGACAGAGGCUCUGGCAACUUUACAGCAGUGCUGUCUUCCUGUGUAUCCUGCCUAGCGGGUCCCACUUCUGCCCCGAGGCUGUAUCAGUCAAAAUGUACCUUGAGAGGUCACAGGCACUCUAGUGACCCUUCUGCUCUCAGUCAUGGGGGACUGUUGUAAGACCAUUCCUGAGGUCCUCAGAGGAGUAAAGGAGACUCAUCAACAGCUGAUACAGAGUAUAUGGGUAUUGAUUGAAUGCUUUUGAAAAGCAAAGACAAACUAGUUUGUGCCCCUAGUCACUAUGGCAAAGACCUGAGUAGGCACUCAUAUGUGUGCUUACGAAAAAAUAAACUUUCACAUCUAUGCAAACGUAUAGCAUGGGGAGGAGAGAUUACAGGGUUUUAUGAGUGCGUUUCCCCCUAUCAAAUAUAAAGAAACAAUCUCAGAAUACGUAUAGCAUGGGGAGGAGAGAUUGCAGGGUUUUAUGAGUGUGCUUCCCCCUAUCAAAUAUAAAGAAACAAUCUCGGAAAAUGUUCCUCAAAAAAGAAUCUAUGAUUAAUCACAAAUUAGUCUCAUAUAAACACAUUUUUUCAGACAUAACUCAAUGUUAAGAUUGAAAUUAAAGCAGCAGAUGAGCUCUGGGAGAUAGAUGUGUCAGGUUGCGAAGAAAUGGCAGAUGGGAAUAUCCCAGUGGGACAUUGUGUGGCAUUUCUCACACUUCUACAGCGGAUCCAGCCUCCGUUGCACACACGUUUUUAAAAUCCACACUCAACAGAUAGAUGUGUAGGGUGAUUUAUUUGUUGUCUCUAGGGUGGAUUUCAUUCGAUGCCUGAAUUCAUCUCAUUACUUUCUUUUAAGAAAAGAAUAAAUCCUCUUGGUAUAGCACUAAAUUUUCUUGUUUUAAAAAUAAGCUCGCUUCUUGAAUAUUUCCCUGACUUGAAAGGUCAUUUUCUUUCCCCUGGGAAGGAGUAUGCAAAUAUUUUAAGAACUUGUCACUAAACUUGAUAGGAAAUGCUUUCUCAGUGAACUCCAAUCUGGUCUCUAUCCAUUUGAUAUAGCAACCCCACCCCGGAAUUCUCAUAUUCAAAAUAAGACAGUCUUCUGACAUUAGCACUAGCUUUCUAAAGCCUCGUGUUUGGCUCCCUGGUUGUCUACCCCCAACCACCAGGCCUCUGCUCUGAUUUAACCAAACAGUUGGAAGAAUUGCUUAUGAACCCCAUGGGCUGUAUUCUCUUUUCCCCUCCACAUGACUGUUUUUCUGGAACUCUACUGCUGAAUGCCGUUUUCCAGACGCAAUAGCCUAUCACACAGGUGCAGAGGAUAUGGUUCCAACCUGGAACCUCCUUGUCAAAGUAGAUCUGCUCUACCUGGGGACUGUUUGGGAUUAGGCUGAAACCUGUGGGUCAUAGUUUAAAUUCCAGACUGGCUUUCUUGUUUCCUUCCCUCCUCCCUGCUGCAGCUCUCCCUCAGCCCUUCUUGCCUUCCUUAAUUCCUUCAUUCUUUCCUUGCUUCCUUUUGACCUUUGAUGCGAGAAACACAUGGAAGAAUUAAUAUUUUUAAGCUACAUCUGGCCGAACCUGUUGUCAAAUGACAUUAAUCAACCUAUUUUCUAGCAUUUGCGUUCAAGUUCGACUGGUUUUCGUUAAGAAACUGGCUUCAGUCGCAUGCUUACAUACUUUGGAAGUUGGUCCCUAUGUUGUUUAUGGUCCUCUCUCUGAUUAGACCAUCGUCAAUCCUGCUAAGUGCUGACAUUCUGCAGAAAGAAGAAUAGAAUCUUUGCACACUGCACAGUCUUAGACAUUUCCAAAUACCCUGGGGACUUUCUUGGAACUAGGGUCUCUGUCACCACUGACUGAAGUUAACUCAGUGAGUUCUAAGGAACUCUGGGACAUUUGGUGAAACUGCUACACACACACACACACACACACACACACACACACACACACACAAGCCUCUGUCAUCAUAGUUCUGGGAUUUUUCUUCAAAACUUCCCAACACAAGCUAGGCAUCUUUAUGGCUAUGCCUCUUAAAACUUACUCAUGGUACCUAAGCAUCUCUGGUCCUGUUUGAUACAUCAAAACACACAUGAAAGUAGAUUCUACCUAGAAUUAACAUUGACUUUGAUGGAAGUGAAGUCUGUUUCUUAUGUCCAUGGUGGAGUUUCAGAGACACUAAAGGAAUCGAAGACAAGUCAUAAGCAGUCCAUGUCUACUACUGAGAUGCUUCUGUCACUAGGAAGGUCCAAUUCACAUCGUCCACUGGGACGCUAUUGACGUGCAGGUGAUAGUGAAGGAUAAAGAAACAGAUGUGGAUAUGAGAUGUCACUCUCUUUGAAUAUGCUGCAUAGGCCCUGGUGGGGAGCUGGCCCACAACCAGGUACUGUGGUCCUGACAUUUGGACUCUUCUAUAAUCACAAUUCCUGGGUGCAUGAGUCUUAGUCAAGGGCAUCGUUACCUCCUUAGUUAUCUAUAAAGGGAUGGAAAUGGCCAGUUCUGACACCUGUGCCAGCAAAUCUCCCACAUGAAUCUUGCCUCCAAUACUGUGGACAGUUUUUCAUCAAAGAGGAUUUCCCUUGAGGGUCAUGUUAUUGUGUGAUUGAACAGCUCAAAAGAUGUUAUCCUAAAUAUGCGUCAGGUUUGCAUUUGGUCAUUCUGUCAAAAUACAGACUGCUGGCAUAUGAAUUCACAUAUAUCCUCAUGUUUCACUGUUGAAUUUUCUUGUGUUUAGAAUAAAUCACAAAUAGUUCCUCAAUAGGUCAAGCCAAAUUCUUCAUCAAUUGUUCCACAGAGACAUGAACUUUCUUAGCUUCGAGGUAUCCUAGACUCUUCAGUAAGCCUUUCAUGUUUUAAGUCACACUUUGGGGUCCACUAAGUUCAGCACUACAGUCUCAAUGACAGUUUGGGAACCUCAACCAGAAACACAAGACACCAUUUACCAGUGGGCAAUAUAGUGAACUCGGUCAGCGUCAGAUCAAGCUCUUUUUCAAGUGACAGAUUAAGCCCGAGUCUCAGAGCCCCAAAAAUUACUUGCCAUGGAGGUCUCAAAACCUUUGCAAACUUUCUGUUUUCCUGGAGUUCAAGGACAAUAUUAAACAUGCCGAGCUCAUCCGUACAUUCCUACCCCUUCAGAACUUCAUGGAGCAUCUAGCGAUUUAUGUUGAUACAUCAUUGUCAUUAUUUCAAAACCUGUUAAUAGCCAUGGGUAUCUGAUAUUAUCUAUUGUCAAAUACUAACGGACGUAGUGAGCAUUCUGCUUCUGUGAGAAAUGCCUGCGAGAUGGGAAAACCUAAGUUAAUGGUCUCAUGGACCUAAGAGAUGCAGCCCAGGGAAUGCUGUGUGAGAGAUGAAUGCCCAGAGCCCAGAGAUCAUCUAUCUCUCCAGCUUAACUUUUCAUUUGUUAUCAUUAAUUAAAAUGAUGGAAGGAGAUUUCAAAGCUCUAUAAACACCAAGCCAAGGCCUUCAGGUUGUUUCUAUGGAUAAUCUCAUGAAACAAAGGGGAUGUGUUGCUUUGCAGUUUGCUGCUGUUCCCGUUGGGAAACUGAAACCCUGUGGAAAACAAACAAUGUUAAACUAUUGACAGAACUUGCAAAACUCACUCUUCUUCGUGGACUUACAUUGAAGCUGCAUUUACACUGUAAUGUUGCAUUAUCAGAAAGUUGGUCCAUGUUAUUGAAGCAUCAGGAAUGGAAACACCUCUCUGGAACAGUUCAUAUUGCAGAGAAUGUGCCGCCUCUUUAACACCAAAUUUGAAGCUGAUACAAAUAGUAUAUAGUUCAUAAUGAGAACCCAGCCCCAAAAUGUGAUCUCACUGAAACCUGACAUUCUGCCAUCUAAGCUUAUUAUCCAUGACCAGAGCCUGUAGCAGCUCUGCCCCCAAGCAGGCAUGCUUUAAUGGGGAGGCAUUGUACAGGUAACUAAACUAAUCAAGGGUGCUACCAGAAAGAGAAAAUCGGAGAUGGAAAUCACUAAAAUGUAAGCCCGGCAGGAAAAUCUCUACCCUCUCAUAAUCAGUCAAGAACCUAAGGGCAGUAGGUCAGCCAUAAUCCUUAUCUUUCCCAGUUUCUUGGUAAUUUAAUACCGGAUGGUUCCAGUAUUAGAUAAAUACAAGCAGAAAGCUAAGCCUGGACUCUGAUAAACAGAAGCUGUUCUUCCGUCAGGACCUAAAGGAGGCCUGUUGUCAGCAGGAGGUGAUUGACUUUCCUUACAAGGUUGCUAGUGCCUUUUAAAAGCUCUGUGCUGUUCCUCUUGGUGAUCGAAUGUUCCACUCAGAAGCCAAGGGGUUGGUUGUGCACACUUUGAGGAAAAGUACUCUUGUGUGUCUCUUUGAACUCAGGAACAGACAAUGAGAGAGAAAAGUCUUAUGUCCCAGUGUGGUUUCGCUCUCAGAACAGGAUCAAGGAGGUGCCCAGAUGAGGUGACUUUAUUUCAGCCUGCAAGAAAAUCGUUGCUUUAGUUUUUAAAUCUUCAUGGAAACCUGUUAGAUCCUGUCCUGUGGUAGGAAAGUCCACUCACUCGGUGUAUGUAGAAGUCACAGUUUGUUUCCUGAGCUCUUCAGGAGAGUAACAGGAUAAGGCAAACAGCUGCAGGAGACACAGUGCGGGAUGACAACCAACCGGGAUGUUAUGUGGGCUGCUUUAUUUUUCAACUCCAAUAUCAGAACUGUUCAAAAAUUUAAUAAACUUUAUACUUUCAACAUGGGUUUAAAAUGUUAGUACUGUCUUCUACGUCAAGUUGACCGCUUAUCUCUUACACGGUGACUAGGGACUGUCAUCCAGUUUCGAGAUCUGAAAAACGUACACAGUGAAAGCCUCUGGCCACUGACUCAACAUGAUGCUCACCUCAUCUGUCAAUAAGACACACCAGCUUGUCCCAGUGUAAGAUUCUGCAAACGUGUCACCAAAGCCUGUGCUACCCGAUUUGAUCUGACUUUAUGCCUGCUAUGCUUUACCCCCUUGCCUGAUCUGUGAUACAGAAUAAAGCUGUUGGGAUUGUCUCAUUUCCCACUCACGGCAAUUUUUCCUAGGCCAACUUCAGCCCUUGGUAAGCUUGCAGACUGUUAUAGGUCUUAGGAUUUAAACGUCAAAGGCAGUCUAUGUUAGCUACUCCAGAGCCAUUUUAAGAGUGAAGUCGGUCUGCAUAUCCCUGUCAGUUCCCUGAGGAAAAAGCAGCUUGAGUCUGGUGGCGAUGCACCUGGCUGGUGGCUGUUUUCUCCCCUAAACAUUGGACAACCCAUACUUCUCAUCCUUCUGUCUGGCUGUCAGUAUUUCCCCUGGACUCUGGGUAGACAUGGGCACAGACAGGAAGUUUCCUGCGGUCAUCGUCUCUUUGCUUCCCUCACUGACACACUGGUUUGAUGUUCUCUCUCAGAGCCGGCCAUCCUUGCCUCCAAUUGGUACUUGAUGACACCUGGCAGAGAUCUUGUUUUAAGAAAUCAGCUUAAGUCCCUAAUUGUGUCAGCCCAGGCAGGGAACUCAUUCUGUCUGUCACUGAACCAAUUAUGAAUGUCCCAAAAAUCAGCCAAAACCAACUCCCACCUGUCUAACUAACCAAACAUAUUAGUAAAGUGAAACUUACACUUAUCACAGCAGUGGAAAAGUCCCCUAGGCUCAGUCCCAGUAGCUGUGUCUCUCCUUCUUCAUCUCUUAACAAUGAAGUCAUAAAAUGGUUCUGCAUAUUGCCAAGAGCAUAGUACUUCCUUCCUAGAACCCCCUCCCAAUCCCGCUCGUCAUCUCUCUGCCAACAUUUUAUGGAAACUAAGAGAAUCAUAAUUAUGUACAGAUAAAUUGUAUUAUAUUUUUUGUACUUGAUGUUUUGUGUAAAUAGUUUGGCUCAUUCAGUUGUAUGUGAGUAUUGAAAUAAACUCUGCCAUUUAGGAAACGA